GCCAACUUCCUCCUGGAGCGCCGAGACGGUCUGCGCAUGUGCAGAAGCGAUAAGUUUUUGUGUGUGUGUGUGUUUUUUUUUUUUUUUUUUUUUUUUUUGUCCCAAGGCGUUGCCGUACAUUCCAGGAGGCGAGUUGCAUUCUGGUUCCGUCGUGAGUCUGGCGUGUGGAGCUGGUGCUCCCGCUUAUUCGCCACUGUCGCCACCGCUGUCAUGAACCGCGAGAGCUUCGCGGCGGGCGAGCGGCUGGUGUCACCGGCUUACGUGCGGCAGGGCUGUGAGGCCCGCCGCUCGCAUGAGCACCUCAUACGGCUGCUUCUGGAGAAGGGCAAGUGUCCAGAGAAUGGCUGGGAUGAAAGUACACUUGAACUCUUUUUACAUGAACUUGCAAUCAUGGACAGCAACAAUUUCUUAGGCAAUUGUGGUGUGGGAGAAAGGGAAGGGAGAGUGGCAUCUGCAUUAGUUGCUCGUCGUCAUUACAGGUUCAUUCAUGGCAUUGGACGAUCGGGUGAUAUUUCUGCUGUGCAACCAAAAGCUGCAGGCUCUAGCCUUUUGAACAAAAUUACCAAUUCUUUGGUCCUGGACAUUAUAAAGCUGGCUGGUGUCCAUACAGUAGCCAACUGCUUCGUAGUUCCUAUGGCAACUGGCAUGAGUCUAACUCUGUGUUUCUUAACAUUACGACACAAAAGACCAAAGGCAAAGUAUAUUAUAUGGCCACGAAUAGACCAGAAGUCCUGCUUUAAAUCCAUGAUCACUGCAGGUUUUGAGCCUGUGGUGAUAGAAAAUGUUUUGGAAGGUGACGAGCUGCGUACAGACCUGAAAGCAGUGGAGGCUAAAGUCCAGGAACUUGGGCCUGAUUACAUUCUGUGUAUUCAUUCUACUACAUCAUGUUUUGCUCCAAGGGUGCCUGAUAGAUUAGAAGAACUGGCUGUGAUUUGUGCUAAUUAUGACAUUCCACAUAUAGUCAAUAAUGCUUAUGGAGUGCAGUCUUCAAAGUGUAUGCACCUCAUUCAGCAGGGGGCUCGAGUUGGUAGAAUAGAUGCUUUUGUUCAGAGCUUGGACAAAAAUUUUAUGGUUCCAGUAGGUGGCGCUAUAAUUGCUGGCUUUAAUGAUUCCUUCAUUCAGGAAAUCAGCAAGAUGUAUCCAGGAAGAGCUUCAGCUUCACCUUCUUUAGAUGUGCUUAUUACUUUAUUGUCACUUGGAUCAAAUGGCUAUAAAAAGCUACUAAAAGAAAGAAAGGAAAUGUUUUCAUAUUUGUCCAACCAAAUAAAGAAGUUGUCAGAAGCCUACAAUGAAAGACUGUUGCAUACACCUCACAAUCCCAUAUCUUUAGCUAUGACACUUAAAACACUAGAUGAACACCAUGACGAAGCUGUCACUCAGCUCGGCUCGAUGCUUUUUACCAGACAGGUUUCUGGAGCCAGGGUUGUGCCUCUUGGGUCUGUGCAAACUGUGAGUGGCUAUACUUUCAGAGGCUUUAUGUCACAUACAAAUAAUUACCCUUGUGCUUACCUAAAUGCUGCAUCAGCCAUCGGAAUGAAGAUGCAGGAUGUGGACCUGUUCAGAAAGAGACUUGACAAGUGUUUAAAGGCAGUAAGAAAAGAACAAAGUAAAGAGAGUGAUGACAAUUAUGACAAAACUGAAGAUGUAGAUAUUGAAGAAAUGGCUUUAAAACCAGAUAAUGUACUUCUUGACACAUACCAGGAUGCUUCUUCAUGACAUGCGAAGGGUUUCUUCUUGAUCUUUGCAAAUACACAUGCAAAGGUGUAUUUGAAAGAAAUGAUAAAGGCUGUAGUACAAGCAAGCAGUUUAAAGAUAAGACUUGAGAUUUUUGAAUUGGAGAAUUUCAUGGAGAAUAUUCAGUCAAGGAGUAGACUGUGGUCUGAACCAGCCAUUGAUGAUUGUUAAGUUUCCCAUUCUUAGACUGCAUCAAUCCUUGUGAUCCUUAACAGGUUAUAAUAUACAACUAGCAUUUUUCUAAUUGUUAGAAUAUCUGUCAAGUAAGCAUCAUGACUCAGAUAAUUUUUACUAGUGUAACGACAGUAAAAUUACCUUCAAUUCUCUUUGAAAUGUAGAGUGCUUGCUCCUAACCAUUCUUUACCUUUUCUGAUCACACAGAAUUGAGAAAGAUUCCUUAUGCCACUAGUUACUAGUUGUUUGUUGAGAUGUGUAAGUCACAGUGUGCCUGUAAAAUGGACAUUCCCCAGGGAAGCAGAUUCAAGGUAUAAACUUCCAUUUUGACCCAAAAGCAAUGGCUCUCAACUGGGGUUGAUUCGCUUAUCUGAACAGCAUCUGCAGACAUUUUUGGUUGUCACAACUGGUGGGUUGCUGUUAAUAUCUAGAGGAUAGAGGCCAGGGUGCUGCUCAACAUCCUACAAUGCACCGCACAACUCUCCACAACAAAGAAUUAUCCAGCCCAAAAUGUCAUUAGUGCUGAGGCUGAGAAAUACACCUCUAAAGUAGAUAAACUCCUUGAGUAAAGAGAAGGUUACCAUAGCAACUUUCAGUAGUACUUCAAAGAAGAUAGCUUUAUAAAUGUCAUCGAACUAUACUAUACGGAGAAUCUUAAGUGAUAACCAGGGUCACAGGUUCCAAGCAUGUCAUUAUAAAUUGUUUUAUAUGGCACUGGUGCAUUUUUCCUUUUGGGUAAGGGAAAACAUUAUUCCACUUACUGUUUUUGCUUUAAGCAGCCUGCAUAUAUUGGUUAGUUUGUUCAGAUGUUGUGCACAGACAUCAUCAAAAUUAGCUAACAUGAGUAUUUUUGAACAUACGUUUGCUAGGAAGGUAAAAAUCACAUAGUAUAAUAAACAGGUGUGUUCCCCCCUCCUCGCCCAUGUGCUCAUUUUUCUGAGUCUGAAAUUCCAGACUUACUGGCUUUAACAAUAAUUUUGUUGUUAAUUUAAGAAAUAGACUGAUAUGUCGUAGCCUGAAGAUUUACUGAAGCUUCUAAACAUGCCACCAUGCCAAAGCCAUGUUUCUCAAAACCAGCUCUGUGGCUUCUGUUCCUAGAAGAUGCUCAUGGGGAGAAAGUGUUUACAGACAAAUAAUUUUGGGAGCCGCCUUUGCAAACCUGCCUGUUGGCAUACAGAAGGCUCUAAGAAUUCCUUCACUAAAUAACCAGUUUUAAUAUAUCCUUAUCCAAAGAGAAACUCAUUUUUUUAAAGUGAAAUAUUUGUUAACAGCCCAUUGAACAUACUUUUAAAAACGCUAUGGUAGAGAAUGCUGUGUUGCCUUCUGGGCUGCAUUUUUCUUAGUGAUUUGGCUUUGUAACCUAUGUAUGAGAAAGGGAUUUUCCGGUAUUUUGGUGACAUUGUACAUUGUUCCGGACUGUAAACAUGAGCUCAGACAGACACCACUUCCUUUAAUGUGUAAGGUAGACUCCUGUGGUCACUGGCUUGACCACCUUGGAAGUCAGUGACUAGUUUGAGAUGAAGUAUUUAACUAUGAAUAUCAUAAAGAUUAUUUUAAAAUGUAUUUAUUUUAUCUUUGGGGUUCAAACAUUUUAAAAAAUUUACAUAGCUAUAGUAACUCAUUUCAAGGGAAUAAAUGCUGGAUUAAAAAGUGUAAAUUUUUAAUGAGAAUUUAGGACUAAAUUGCAGGACCCGUAAAACUGAAGAGUUGCAACCACUAGAUUCAAAAAAAGGGAUGAAAUGUUGUCGCAAAUGUAAAUUCUGGCAGCACAGCUUGCUGUACAUGUAAGCCAAAAUUGUUUUAUAGAACAAGUGAUCUAUAUUGUUGUGAUCAUCACUUAGCUUAAGAAAGGCCGGAGCUGGGAGAGUAGCAAAUGUUUUCUCAUCUGCAGUGUAUCAGCAGUUCUUGGGCUUCAGCUGCUGAAUAGAUAAUAAUUCUAAUUGAAGAUAAAUUACAUGAACUCACAUGUGAAUGAUAGAUAUGUUACAACAUUUCAUUCCUGAUGCAGAAAAUCAGCUGUGGUUUUUAUUAUUAACCCUUUCUUUCUCAGUGGUUUUGGAAUUCUAGCUCUAUUCCUCCUGGCUUAAAAUUUGACUCUGAGGGCAUAAAAUUCACAAGUUUUUGAAGAGUUCUGUCUAUUCAGGCUUUCCUUUGUCCCCAUCCUAGUGUCAUUUUCACUCACUUCUAUUUCCACACAUAAGUAUUAAAAAGGAUGUGUUUAUUAUAA